AGCAACACGCAAGAAGCGCCUUUUGCUCACAGAAGAAAAGCAGAUUUAUUUUCAACGACAAUGGGAGAGGGAAGGAGAACCCGCAGGCAACAAGGAGAAAGAACUCCGGUGCGUUAUGUUGAGGACCAUGCUGAAGAAGACAGUUGAGUGACGUGAAGCAACUCGUUUAUGUAAGAAGAGCAACAGGAAGAAACUGUUGGUUGUCAUUUCUAUCUCAAAGAAUGUCACACCCACAAAAAAAAAAGAAAAAAAGUUGAAUGAAUGCAUUUCCCUGGUAAUUAGACCAAACGUAAUGUUGCGUAUGCAAAUGAGAAGGGACAAGUGAUGCUGGAACGAUUUCUUGAAUAUUAAAAUUGGUUGUUAAAUUCAAAUUGCGUUCAGGGUGUCACUGAGAGCUGACAUGAGCUUUAGGAAUUUUUUUUUUUCUUUUUUUUUUUUUUUUGCAGUCUGCGGGUAACAGCGAACUCUCAUUGCAGAGGUUCUUGUCAGAUCCCGUCAAGACCGGAAGGACAUAAUACUUAGAACUGGAUCUGUUGACAAUUGGCUCAAACUCGUUUAUAAGGACUUUUGCAAGUUGGACACUUUGAAAAGUCAGGCAGAAAAACAAGUCCCCAAAAAAUGAUGAAGCACUCAAACGCUUGCUGGCUCAACUGGCUUGGAACAUUGCACGGGCUAAAAAGCCAUACAAUGAAGGGAAGUUCUUUUUAAAACGAAUGCUAUCAGACAUCCAACAAAAAGAAUUGCUUCGAGUGGCAACGAUGGAAUAAAAGCCAUAUUUGAAGAGGAAUGCUCAAGGCAAGGCAUGGCACAAGUCAAGCAACAUGCAUAAAUCAAACCAGCCUCUUUUAACCGUUCAUGCACGGAGAUGGUUUAGGGAUGCGAGAAGAGAGUUGUGACAUGCUGUCGAUCCAAAUUGACCAAGACGUGGAUGGAGUGGAAUGUUCUCUUCUGUGGCAGACGCGUCACCAGCCAGAUUCAGUUGUACCUGAGGGCGUCAAACUGAGAAAGACAAAUCUCCCCUGAGGGAGAGAGAGGGAGAGAGAGAGAGGAAGGGUGCAGGAAGCCACAGACCAAGCGAGCGAGACAAAGGUGGGGGUUCCCUCGCCUUCUCUCCUCCAGUCUUGUCGUCAGGCUGGCCGGCACUGCCAUGGCGUUCACCUUUGCGGCCUUCUGCUACAUGCUCACCUUGGUGCUGUGCGCCGCCCUCAUCUUCUUUGUCAUCUGGCAGAUUAUCGCCUUUGACGAACUGCGCACAGACUUCAAAAACCCCAUCGACCAGAGUAAUCCCACCAGAGCGAGGGAAAGGAUUCUCAAUAUCGAGCGAAUCUGCAACCUUCUUCGCAGAUUGGUGGUGCCAGAGUAUUCCAUCCAUGGACUCUUUUGCCUAAUGUUCAUGUGUGCUGCAGAGUGGGUCACACUUGGACUAAAUAUCCCUCUUCUCUUCUACCAUCUGUGGAGGUUUUUCCAUCGACCGGCCGAUGGGUCCGAGGUUAUGUACGAUCCCGUGAGUGUGAUGAACGCUGACAUCCUCAAUUACUGUCAGAAGGAGUCGUGGUGUAAGCUGGGCUUUUAUCUUGUCUCGUUCUUCUAUUAUCUCUACAGCAUGGUCUAUGCCCUGGUGAGCUUCUAAAAGAGACUCCCUGGUGAGAUGGAUAGAAACGGAAAGAGCGACCACAUCGGCUCUACCUUCCCAUCCAUCAGUGGGCUCGGGUUUCCCGCAAUACAACGAAACAAACCCAAACAGAGUGCCAUUGUGAAUGUCAAGGUGUUGCCUCCGAUCCAUUUCCGUAUAUCACUUUAUUACAAACACUGCAGUGAGACAGAUGGACAAAGCAAUGGAUGGAGGAUGACGGAAAAGGUGUUUGUGUUGCCUUUUACGCCUCAUGACCAAUGUUGACAAGGACUCUGAAGGGCUGGAGUAAUCCCACGUUGCUCUUACUGAUCCAGUCUUUGAACUCACUGUGACUUUCCAAAUGUUUAACAUGGGCUGGAACACAAAAUCAUUUGUCUGUCAUUUUCCAUUUGGAUGGUGUACAUCUGUUUGGUGGUACUCCAUGUUUUGAUAAGACACCUCUAAUAUCCAACCACUGUUUUUCUACUGGGUUGCUGAUACAUUUUACUGUAAAAUGAAAUUAAAAUCACUGUAAAAACGCAGGCAGGGAUAUUACAGGUCAGUUUGUGCACAGACACUUUCAAUUGAGAGGUCGAGAAAGCUUUGGCUGCCAGGGUCAUUGGGGUCAAACUGUAAAAAAAAAUAAUAACAAUUCAAAAGUAAGGUCAAAGUCUCUAUACAGGCAAUCCGACUUGAAUUCCCGGUAAAUUGUUUUUUUUCCUCCACAAAGCUUUGCGCUCACAGAUUCAAUGCCAAAAGAUUGUAUAUGAAAAACAUUGUGCCAAAGACCAAGGGUGAAGUGAAAAGCAACAAUAAGGCUUGAGAAAUACUGUAAAUGCUAAGGCAACGCGAUGUGUCCUUCAAAAUAAUAUCCAAUCUUGGUACGAUGGUUUUCUUAAACACAACGGAACAAAGGCCUACAUUUGUUUUAUUUUUUAGUGUGCAGAAAUCGCCUUAUUGCCAUUUACGUUUGUGUUAGCACUUAUGCUAGCUAUUUUAGCACAGUGACAGUUCAUGUAUAACAAGCAAUUAAAAGGACAAUGUUGACAAUGCGAGUGUGUUUCAUAACCGAGUGGGGACGCAAAGUGAUAAUGAUGUAGAGUCAUUUGAUAAUACAAUCAGACACAUGAAGUCAUUGCUGCUUGAUGACCAAGCCUUUGCUCAUCUGCUCUUGCUUUCAUGUGUUCAUUAGUUGGCCUUAUAUGUAGAUAAGUGAUGAUUCCAUUGUGAUUUGUAGGAGUACAGCUAUUCAGGGGCUUGAUAAAAAAAAAAAAAUCCCCCCCUCCCCUCCGGCUGCAUGUGUAGUUAUUAACAAAUACUGAUAACAUGUCUGGUGUUGCUACUUCGGAAAAAGUGUAUCAUGAGUAGUGCAGCCUGUCGAAAUAUUUUCAAACAUUCACACCGCAGUGUCAAACAUAUAUUUUGGUGUCGGUAAGAGUGUGUGAAAAAGAUAUUUUGAAUAGAAAGCAAUACUAGGAUGAAAGCCUAACACGGGAAUAAAUUCAUUACAUGGUUUGCGAAGAAUUCGAAUAAAUAUCAGUGACGUUAUAGGGACAACAAUUACUUGAUUGAUUGGUUUUAUUCUUAGGAUAUUUCUUUUACAAUUCAGAUGACUUGUUACAGAAUAUAGUUCACGUUUGAAGAAAAUAUUCUUUUUGUUAUGCAGUAUGUCAAUAUUUUUGUUGUUCAUACUAAACUGAUUAUAACGGUAAAACUGAAGAAAAAUAAAAGGGAGGGCAGAUGAUGUUAAAGUGCAAUUAAGGUGUUUACAAUAAUGGUACUAGAAGCAUUUCUGUAUGUAACAUACAUGGUUACAUACAUUGUUUACAUGGCUUGUGUGUCUUAUUCUAACACCCCUAUUGCAGUAAUUAUUGCAAUAAAUAUUUUUUGUGUAAACAAAGCCACUGCCUAUCCAACACUAGCAAGUGACAGCAUAGCGCUAACUUGACAAAUGCUAACCUCUUCCAUUAGAAAAAAAGGUUUGGGAAUAUUAAGUGAAUUAAAUGUAAUUUUUAAAUACAAAUUAAAGAAGUGAAUUAAAUUGUAUUCAUUUGCAAGAAUGUAUGCGAUGAAAAGGUUUAAAAAUAUCAAAUUUCAAAUACAAACAGAUUCAGAAAGGAAGAGAAUUAAAGAAAAGUUUGUUUCACUUCAACCCUUUAGUGUCGUUAAAAAAAAAAAAAAAGAGAGAGAGAUCUUCUAGUCCGGAAGAAACGUAAAAGACGCACAAACAAAACAAUCCCGGCAACAAUAUUGAGGACACCUGCACAAUUUCAUCAUAUUCAAUACGAGAGCUAUAAAAAAAAAGUCACAUCCUGCUUCCACACUAUCAAAGACAUCAAAUUAAAAGUUGCGUUGUUGUAAACUUUGUUCUUCAGGUGUGCUUAAUGUUGUGCCACUUGAGUUGGAAUAACACCAUCGGGACAAUGGCCAUAAGGACAGUUAGAGAAAUACAAUUUGGUUGACUGUCUCUUUGUAACCAUGUAUGUAAUCUCCAAGCAAAUUGAAAAAUGUCAUUUCGGUCCUAUGUAUUUAUUUGUAUACAUUUCUGAUCAUUGUAUGCUAUAUAACCAGUUUGGUGGACAACUUUAGAUCAAUCAGGUUUCAAUAUGAUGUACAGUUCAUAAAUACUAAGCA